GCGAGAUGUUCGGCAAAGGAUUACGUCUUUUUCUCGGCCAGCUGGUUUUGGUGGCUCUUUUGGCCCAUGUGAUGGGACGCCUGCACAAGAGGAAUGGGUAUCACUACAGACCCCAGCAGCCGCCACCAAUCCACCAGGGUGGAUACUUUGAACCCCACCACCCAGCAGUGGAUCCUCCGGAGCCAGAGAAGCCACAACACAGCCCCAAGAGCUACUACAGUCCAUCCGGAGGAGGUGGAUCAUCGUCAUCUACGAGCAAGGGAUCCGGGGGCUACAGCAUUGGCAGUGGCCUGCGAUCCAUUGCCCAGGGAUCGGCGGAUCAGGCGCACAGUGCGGUGAGCAACCAACAUGCGGCUGCCAAGCAGGCGGCUUACAUAGCCCAGAAUACCCUGGCUCAAGCCGCUUCCCAGGCGGCGGCCACUGCUCAAGCGGCGCUGGUGGGAAAGCAAGUGGUGCUCCAGGAAUUGGAGCAGCAGGCAGCCGAGGCACAACGAUCGCUCUCCCGCGAACUGGAGCAACUGAAGGCGGCCAAGAUCUCCUCUAGACUGGCCCAGCAGACGGCUCAAGCGGCCCAUCAUCACAUCUCCGUGCUCACAGCAGCCGUGAAUAAUGCCAAGUCCGUGGCUGAACAGGCGGAGCAGACCUCCACGGAGGUGAACAAUCAACUGGCCUCGCAAUCCCAGAUGGUUGGGCAGUCCAAGAAUCGAUUGGAGCAGGUGGAGGAGCAGUUGCACCAGGCGCGAGUGGACUAUGCGGCCACCAAGGAAUCCGCUUUGAAGGCGGCCAAUUCAGCAGCUGCAGCCCAGGUGAAUGCUUCCAAGGCGGCCCAGCAUGCCACAAUUGAAUUGCACGAGAGCACCAAUCCCUCGGCUCACGGACACGAUGGUCAGGAUUUUAGCGGAGGGGAUGAGUCCUACGACGAGCACCAGGAGCCCACUGGUGUUGGCCACACAGCUGGCGGCGAGGAACUAAGCGAACAUGUCAGAACUCCGUAUUAGUGAGGGACAAUCAUUUGCACUGAGAAUAGUUAAAACACGAAUUGAAGUUGAAAACAAUAUUUAUGUAAAUAAAAUAAACGCAUUCAAGUCAGACUUACGUGGCUGUGAGUUGUCAGCACAUUCAAAUGGAUUUCUUAACCAAAUAAAUUACUUUUAAAUUUUAAGGA